AUGCUGUUCAGCCGAAAUACAGUGAUUUCUUUACCAGAGCCAGCUGCUGUGAAUAUGAACUCGGAAUCGAAGCGCUCGGUGCCGCCAACGAGCAUCAUCGUUAGUCCUAGUAGCAGCGGUUAUAUUACGGUAGAAACGAAUCGUCCAAUUGUGGAACCACCGCCGGGUGAUAUUCGUGCUGUCGCCAACAAAACCAUCCGUGAAGUAAUAUUUUAA